CAGUGGUGAUGGACACUCUGGAGGAGGAGAGCUUGGCGCUGUCCUACUCUUCAGCCUCUGAUGCAGAAUUUGAUGCCGUAGUUGGGUAUUUAGAGGACAUUAUCAUGGAUGAUGAGUUCCAAUUAUUACAGAGAAAUUUCAUGGAUAAGUACUACCAGGAGUUUGAAGACACAGAAGAGAAUAAACUCACCUACACACCAAUUUUUAAUGCAUAUAUUUCUUUGGUAGAAAAGUAUAUAGAACAGCAGCUGGUGGAGCGGAUCCUGGGGUUCAAAAUGGCAGCAUUCACGACGACCUUAUAGCAC